AGAAGAAGAGACGCAGAUAAUCAAACAAGACGUCUGCGCUCGUGUAUGUUUGUCUCUGGACAGACAUACACACAGAAACACCGACAAUGAAGAUAUGAAGACACACAGACACACAGAAAGCCGUCAUCGAUUCUCCUGUUUUCUUUGAGCCUUAUUUAUAUUUUUCUUAUUACUCCGACGCAAUGAGUAGAAAAGAUUGCAAAAAUAUUGUCGAAGACGAAGAAGAAGAUGAGAAGAGUAAUGGGAAUAAAUCUGAAAGUCCACAAAAUGCUGGCCUAGAAGAAACAAUUCAGAAUUUUAUAGCAACAUUUUUACCUGGUUCAAGUGAUGAUUUCAGACCUCAUAUUACGGAUAUUCCAAGUUCAUCCGAACCUCAAGAAGGAUCUAGAGAAUGCAGACUCUCCAAAGAAGCACAUCGGAAACGUCUGAGAAGAGCUCGUGAAACAUCAGAGGAGACUCACACACGUCUUGCCAAGGCUGCAGACUAUAAAAGGAAGAGAUGCUCAGAAGAGACAGAAGAAGAAUAUAGAGAACGAUUGAAAAGGCAAGCUGAAAGAAAAAAAAUGGAAAGAAUGCAAGAGUCGGAAGAUCAGGCAAAUAAUCGAAGAAUAAAGGCUGCAGAGCAUCGACGCCAGUAUCUGCAAAGGGAGUCAUUCGAAAAAGCUCAGGAAAGAAGGAAUAAGGAUGCGGAACGGAGAAGGAAGAGUCUCCUGGCUGAAACUCCAGAAGAAGCUGAAUUGCGUAGAGCCAAGAAUGCUCAGAGACGUCGGGAUGCUAUUAAGAAUGAAACACCAGAGGAAGCUGAAAAUCGGCGACAGCGUGAUGCAGCAAGAAGACGGCAAUAUUUGCAGACGGAGACUUCAGAGCAAAAAUCAGCUAGGAAAAUCCAAGAUGCUGCACGAAAACGUCAAAAUCGAAUUUUGAAGCAAGCAGGGCAAAGUGAAGAAUCACUUGCAGUCAUCACGGGAUCAUUGAGCGAUGGAACUCUUUCGGGUCUAUAAAAAUUAAUUGAAAAUUUUUUUAAUAAAUAAGUAGUUUGUUGUUUGACCUUUUGCUUUU